UGGAAACUAUCCUUCAGGCAAUUCCGUUGCUUCUAAUAUCAAUCAUGGAAUAUCCGAUAUCGUGAACGAGUUCAAUAACGCUUUAUUUAAAGUUGAAACGAAUCAGAGGAAUUUGGAAAUUCAGCGGAUCAAGUACACUAAACUAUUAUCAAAACAAGAUUGGCUUGAUAAAAUCGAUGAAGCAAUGAAUAAUGAUGUAAAUUCAGCAUAAGUGUAAGUGAACGCUGAAGAAUAUACGAAAUGAUUUCCAAAUAAAAUCCUUUUUUAAAUCGUUUUGAUGAAAAACUGGCAGAAAAUAAAGUGUUAACUUUU